CUCGGUAAAAGGAGUCGUAAUACUCUUUUCGUCUCUGCAUCCGCUUUCUCUGCCUUUGAUAUGAUAUGAUCACAAGCACCGGACGCUCUGAAUCAAGCCGUCGGUUCCUCCGUUCGUGAGUCCAAGGACGAGGAGACGCACGCGGGACCUCCGGGGCAGCACGAGCGCAACAUGGCCGCGAAGGACAGCGUACCGGCGAGCUUUUUGAGCGUGAGCCGGGAGAUGACAGAGAGCAUCAAGAGAGUGAUUGACAAACCAUCCAUCAAGUUUGCACAAGCCAUCAAAGUGGAAAGCAAGAAUGGGAAAUCAGAAGACAGGGUUUUGGUGUUGUCUACGUGGCGGCUUUACCUCAUGGCUCCAAAAUUACCAACCAAGGUAGAGCAAACAUUUAACUACCUGGAGAUUCGUGCUAUAAGCCCGCAUCCAGAGAACCAGGUCGUCAUAGAGACGGACAAAUCCACCUACAUCUUCAAGCUACAGUCAAGUGACCACAUGGACCAGCUGCUCGGCCACAUCAAUUUCACCCUCUCACGCAUCUUUAACAACUCCAUCUGCGUUCCCGCUAUCUUUCAAGCAGAUGGUGAGAUUUCUGAUGGGGGGCAUAAAUAUUCACCAAGCUCGGAAACAUCAUUGGAGGCUCAGAGAGCGUGUGGAGGUUUUUCUGAGACCUACGCUGCACUCUGUGACUACAACUGCAUUAGCUGCAAAGAAGAAGUGCAGUGGGAUGUGGACACUAUAUAUCACUCCCAGGACAAUAGGGAGUUUAAUCUGUUGGACUUCGCUCACCUAGAGAGCAGAGACCUCGCAGUCAUCGUGGCAUCUUUGGCGUACAAUACAUGGUUCACCAAGCUCUACUGCAGAGACAUGCGCUUAAGCUCAGAGGUUGUGGAGCAGGUUCUCCAUACCGUCAGUAAAUCCAGCAGUCUGGAAGAACUCACUCUGGAGAACGCCGGCCUUAAAGCAGAUUUCCCUCAGAAAAUGGCUACCGCUCUGUCAGAAAACCCAGCAUCUGUGCUCCACUCCCUCAACCUGGCCCACAACACAUUCGACAAUCAAGGAGUGUCAAAUCUCAUCCAGCAGGUGUGUCAGCUCAGCAAAGGCCUCCGUCUGCUCAACCUCUCCAAGACCUCAUUCUCCUCUAAAGGUGUUAGUUCUCUGUCUCAGGCUCUAUGUUCCGCUGAAGACUACUCAAACUCUCUUCUGCAUCUCGACCUGAGCAAGAACCCGGGCAUUCUUUCAGGGGAGGAUGCUACGAAUCUGUACCUGUUCUUGGCUCAGCCUAACUGCUUGGUGCAUUUGGAUCUCUCAGGCACAGACUGUUCAGUGGAAUCACUGUUUGGCGCUUUACUUCGAGGCUGCUGUGCCGAUCUGUCCUACCUGAAUCUCUCAAAGAACUCCUUCUCUCACAGGAAAGUGAAAGAAACACUUGCCACCUUCCGUCAGUUCUUUAGCUCAGUGUUCAGCCUCAGCCAUCUUAUCAUGGCCUCAAUGAAGAUGCCCCCAGAUGUGCUCAGGGCUCUAUUUCUGGGAUUGUCCUCCAACCCGCAUAUCUCUGACCUGCAUUUGGACAUCAGUGGUUGCGAGCUCAGAUCAGCAGGCGCAGCAGUAAUAAAAGACUUGUUUCCCCAAGUCUCUAACAUCAGUACCCUAGACAUCUCAGAUAAUGGCUUGGAUGCUGAUCUUUACUCAGUCAUCCCGGCCUUUUCCCGCCACCCCUCCAUGAAGCAUCUGCUGCUGGGCAAGAAUUUCAAUGUCAAGGGCAGGUUGAUGGAUGAAAUCCUACAAAAGCUUGUGCAGUUAGUGCAAGAAGAAGAGUGUGGUCUGCAGAGCUUGUCCCUUGCUGACUCCAGACUGCGAUCCAGAGGAACAGUGCUGGUGAACGCUCUCGGCAGCAACGCAUGUCUCAGGAAAGUGGAUUUGAGCGGUAAUGGCCUGGAGGACACAGGGGCUAGGAUGCUGAGCAAAGCCCUGCAGAUCAACACUACUCUCAGGAACGUGACAUGGGAUCGGAACAAUACGACAGCAGCUGGGUUUCAAGAUGUAGCACGCUCUAUGGAGCAUAAUUUUACUCUGCAGUGUAUGCCUGUACCACUGAGCGAUGUUACACAGGCAUACCGCAGUUCCCCCGAGAGGACGGAACAGGCAAUGACAAAGAUCCAGCGGGCAUUGUUAAGAAACAACCAGACUCAGCGCUUCUCUCAGAAACAGGCUCUCAGACUGCAUCAGGGUCUGGUGACUAGCACUGCUGAGCAGGUGAUGGAGCGCUUGUGCGUACGCGUUCAGCAGCAGGUAUGUGUAUUAAGAGCAGCAGGUGAGGGAGAAGAUUUACAGGCAGCCAGACAAGUUCUGAAGGAGGCCAGGAACUCUCGCGCCCUUUACCCUUCGCUGUGUGAGCUGGCUCAUGUGCUCUCCGUAGAUGGGCCAGUUAGACAAAAACUGGAGUCUCUCACUGGAGAACUGGCGAAAGCAGCAGACAAAGAGCUACAAGUGAUUGUUGACUCCAUGGUGUCUCUGUGCCGAGAACUCUGUCCCCUUUCCUCGGCUGCAGCAGAGCAUCUUUCUCCUCCUCUCUCUUCUGUCUCUGAGCGUGUGUCCAUCCCUCGUUCUGACAUCCGCAAUGCUCUGAUGGAGAGAGCAGCCCAGGAUAUUAACCAAGCUUUAGAAGAAGUCAAGAUGUCUGUAGUUUCCUAUCUCACCAACUCGGUAGUGGACCAGAUCCUUCAAGAGCUCUAUGCCACUCACAAGACACUGCUUCAGCAGGUGGCUCGGAUGAGGCGAGCUGAAGACGGCACGAUGGUCCGUCACACGCUCCGGCAUACUGACACCGCCGACAUCCCAGAGGACGAUUUCAGUAUCAGCAUAGAUACAAUAGCCAUAAAGAAGCGCACCUCCAGGACACGACGCAUCCGGCCCGUCUCCACCAGGCUGAGUCUAGGCGACGAUCCCAACUUCUCUCCUUCACUAGCAGCGCCUCGUCCGUCUGCCCCGCUUUCUCACUUAAGCUCUUGGGAUAAUUUGUCCAGCUUGCCAACCCAAGGUGCACCUCUGCGCCACAUAACCCACAUCAGACCCCGCCCACCAAGAAGGCAUCGACCAGGACACACCCCUCCAGAUAUGCAUUCUUCUGAGAACGGUGGGGUGAACCUGCUGGAUGAUGGACUACCUGAUUUCUACACCAAGAGAGUCUUACCAGACAGUCAGUUGUCCUCACAUCAUGUCCAGUCUCUGAGGCGGAAGAAGAGGCGCAACGUGCUGUCUAUUUUUACUGGAUUCAGGAAGAACCGUUACUCCGCAUCAUAUCAAGAGCCGGAGACUGCAAUCCAGGGGGAAGGGUGUGGGGAUGAAUGCCGCACCGACGCAGGACCCGAGGUUCUGUACUCUGUGAUUCAUCGCCCUAAAGACUUCCAGAAAGCAGAGACCCAGAGAGAGGAAAGCAAUUGCGGUCCACGAGAAGAAAGAUUUUUUCAGGUCUCAGGUCGAAAUUUUUAUGGCAUUCUCCUGCCAGGGAUGAGGGCAAUGAGUCCCUCCUGCACCCCACAGAGACAGUCACCCGAAUACAGCGAAGUCUUCAUCUCCCCAGACGUCCCCGCAAACAGGGAUGAUGAAGGACAAAAAUCUCCUAAAGACAAUCAAGAUGAACCACAUGUCCAGUGUUCGACCUCGUCUUCCACUCAGUCCGAGGAGGAAGUGGCGACCAAGUCUCAGCAGAGACCCGAGCCUCCUCCACAGAGCAGCAAGCCAAGACUGGGGAACACAAGACAGCACCAUCUGAAGGAAAAUUCUGGUAAGAGUGCUGAAGAAGAUUCUGAAGGAGAGAAAGAUGGGGUCGAUAAUGAAAAGGACAUUCAGGAAGCCCAAACACAGAAAGCAGAAGGACAAACUCCUCCCAUCUCUGAAAAGCUUGACGAUUCACCUGAGAAAUCAAGUGACCAGAACCAAGUACAGACUCCUGUACCAGUUGCUCCUACCAAGUCUACAUCCAGAUUAUUAGAUUCACCCGUCCCUCAAGGUGCAGAGAAAGACUCUUCCUCAAUUGGACUGGACGCAAAGACUCACAGGUACCGAAAGGCUCACUCGUGUGAGGCAGGCUUUAAUUCAGGAAUGGAGGAAGACAGCCCUGGCGAUGUGGAGAGGUCCACAGACCCUAAACCACCAGUGAAAAAGCCUCGACUGCCCCAAAGAAGAAACAAAUCGUUUGAUAUUCCUGGUAAACAAAGUGCAGAGCCAAGCAACAGUGAAGCCUCGUGAUCAAACAGGGUUUUUUGUUUUGUUUUUAUUUUUCUCUCAAGUAGAUGGAGGUCAAGCAAGAGAGGGACAGGAUCAUGAGGAAUGAUGCUAUGCUUGAAUGAAAUUGCAUUCCCAAUUCAGUGUCAGUCAUGUUCACACACACACACACACACACACACACACACACACACACACACACACACACACACACACACACACACACACACACACACACACACACACACACACACAGCUUGACUGGUGUCUUUCAUACCCUUUAAAUCACUUGUUUUGCAUAAUUCAAUUCAUAUUCCUACUUCUGCCUGUUCUCCAUCUCUCUCUCUCUCUCUCUCUCUCUCUCUCUCUCUCUCUCUCUCUCUCUCCUCACUUUUGCUUUCAUUAAUCUUUACUCAUUAAGCAGUACUGCUAUCCUUUUUUUAUAAGGUACAAUAAGCAAUAUUUCCCUCUUGCACCUCAUAAGCUGUGUAUGCUGUUAUUUACUUGCCUGGCUUCUUGCUAUGACUUCAGAAUAUUAUUGAACAUCCAGCGUUGCCCCAAUUUCUUUUUUGUGCCACCUAGAAAAGCAAUCACACUGGUGGACACAAUGUCUCGAAGGGCCAAAAAAAUUCCUUCAAAAAUAAUGAGCAGGGGAUUACUUUUUUCUUUUUCUUUUUUUUUUAAAUUCUGACAUCAAAAGUGAGUGCAAUUUCACUUUCAUGCGUGUUGCAUUUGUACCAGACUGUAAUACAAUCACUGUCCAAUCACAGGCUUUUUUAUAACAUCUUUGAUAAUGAUUGCUCCUACUGUAGUUUAUCCUGCUGUGAGAUACAAAGUACAGAAUCAUGAGAUGCUGGAGCUUCUCCUUCUGUGAUAGGAAAGUGAUUGCAUUUCAGUGUGACCAAACUGCAACCCAGUGAUGAAAGUGAAAUGCAGUGCAGUAGCAAAUCCAGGGGCAUUCAAGGAACGCAAGAUUCGAUGCAGUGAAGGUUUAACUUUUCCACAUAGUGUGGUAGUUUGUCUGUCACAGAUGUUUUAGGUAUUUUGUGAUUGCGUUUCUUUAUGGCACUGAUUUGUUUCCAUAGAUUUUAUGUAUUUUAGAACCUGCAGGAUUUCAGUGUAUAGCAUCUCCAUAGCAACGCUGGUUAAGCUGAUUUGCACCAAGCGUUGAUUCAUUAUGCCUUUAGGCUUGCUGUUUUUUUAUUGUUUCGUUGUUGCUAGGUUUUAAUUUUUUUUUUUUUUUUUUUGAGAACGUUAACGGCAUUUCAGAUCAAAAACACAAAUGUUCACGUAUAUUCUAUGCUGUUCCGUAAAGAGCAGAAUUUUACUGUAUUUAAAUGAGCUCUAUUUUUUACUGGUGUUGUGAAUGUGACAGUCAAUAAACCGGAGAAUCUCA